AAUGUUAUUGCCACAGCGUCAUUCGCGGCGGCGGUGUGGCCGUACCCAUGGGAUGAGUGUGGGCAUUUCUUCGCCACUCCUUCACCACGCACAUGACCACUCGAACCGGACGAUACUUCGACCCCUACGAACUCGAGCCGGGGAGAAAGUCUGUGGUUCGCAUGCUCCAGCACUGGAAGAGCCGAAUCUUUUUGAAGAACCGGUGGGACGUGUCAUGUGAACACCAGCUCUGCGAACUUCUCACCUGGACAGCAAGAGCCACGGUGUCCAAGAAGAAAAACCAGGAUGGGUCAAAAGUGCGCCGGCGAUAUUCUUUUGCUCCUCCCGACUUCUUCUUCCUCUUCUUCUUCUUCACUCACCUUCCCAUCCUUCAACUCCAACUCCAACUGCGACUUCAACAGCAGCUCUACAAGUAUCUACCAAUACCAAUCAACAAGAUGGCCAUGCUCCCAAUCGUGAUCGGCGCGAUGUUCGCCGGCACAAUCGUCUUCGUCGGCGGCGGCAUAAUGAAGGCACGCGGCGACCCUAUCUUCCUAGGCGGUGGCACACCCCACCAUCCGCCCAAGGACUGGCGCAAACGUGACGCCGACGACCGCCUCAUGCGCGCUCUAUACAUCAUCCCACAGGGCAGCGCAAAUAUGUCGCAUCCUGGCUGGAACGCGCUGAGCGGCUUGGUCGCGCAUCGCAAGCACCCGCACGAUUCCCACGGGGAGAAGAACGCGCUCUUCGUCAACGAGGCGAAGAACUUCAGUGUCGAAGGCACGCUCACUGAGCUCGCGGUACGAACAACACCCUCAACCCCUUCUCGCCCUGAGUACACGCGCUAACCCGUAGAAGGCGGUCGCCAACCACCGCGGCGUGAUGCACGGCCACAUCACCGUGCCCUUCGGCGCGAACGAGGAAAUGGCGCAGGGCAAGUACAUCGCCGUCGAUCCCGAGGAAGCCGAUGCGGAGACCGUCGACGCUUUCGACGGCCUGGAGAGGGCCCUUCAGGACCUUGAGCGCUCGGGGGCUAACGCGAUGGACUUCUUGCGUCUUGCGAUUGAGUAGGAGAAGGAUGAGAGUAAGCAUUAAGAGGGCAUCGUGGUGGGCGAGGUGGCAGCUGAGCUUAGGGGAGAACAGGGA